CCAGCCCACCUGAGCUCUCUCCUCUCCAAAAAUGGCCGGACCCGACCCCAACGCACCACCAGCAGAUCCCUUCUCGCGAGCCUGGCUCACACUCGUCACCCGCGCCUCCUACCUCCCCGGCGUCGUCCUCCUCAUCCACACCCUCUACAAGCACAACUCCAUCCACCCCAUCAUCGUCCAAUACACCUCCACCCUCCCCUCCUCCUGCAUCUCCAUCCUCCACUCCCUCAAAUCCACCUAUCCCCUCCUCCGCACCCAACACGUCGCAGCCAUCCCCCUCCCCACCGGCCUGAAAACCAUCGCCUCCCGCUUCGACGACACCCUGACCAAACUCCGCGCUUUCCAACCCCUCUCCGCCUCCACCUUCUCCACCAUCGGCCUCCCCCGCGCGCCGGAACACAUCACCUUCCUCGACGCGGAUAUGAUGAUUUUCCGCAACCCGGACUCCGUCUUCGACAUCCCCCGCCCAUCCUCCGACUGGAUCGCAGCCCACCACGCUUGUCUCUGCAACAUCGACAACGACCCCUGGGCGCCACCGGAGUGGAAACGUGAGAAUUGUCCAACAACCCCUCUCGUGCACCCCUCCGCUCUGAACGCGGACAUCCCCCACACGACCCCCGAACUCGAGAAAAUAGACGCCGCAAAACAAAAAACUUACAGACUCAUGAACUCCGGGCUCUUCGUCUGCACGCCUUCCGCGAACCUCUGGUCUCAGAUGAACCACUUCCUCCAGCACGACCCUCGCGUCCCGACCUUCGCGUUUCCCGAUCAGAAUUUCCUCGACGCCUUUUUCUGGGAUAAAUGGGUUCCGGUCGGGUGGCAGUUUAACGCGGUCAAGACGGGGCGGUAUUGGCAUGCGGAGAGUUGGAGGGAUGAGGAGGUGAGGGUGUUGCAUUAUAUUGUGGAUAAGCCGUGGGAGAGGAGGGUCGGGGAGGAUGGGACGGCGGGGUAUUUGGGACGGGAUGGGGUGACGCAUGGGUGGUGGUGGAGGGAGUGGGAG